UCAACCUUUUCCGGGGGUUUUUCUGCGCUGCACAAAACAAUGUCCACAACCAGGUGAGCUCAAACAUGACUUGGAGCUCCCUCGGCCUUAGCCUGAUAGAUAGUUGCUGGUUAUUUCUGGCUCUGUGUUUCCUUGUAGCUUUUAGCGUUCACAAAGCCUCAGCCCAGCUACCGAGAGAGUACCGGAAGUCCAGUCUGUUCACACUGUUUCAGGAUCUGAUUCGUUACGGAAAAACCAAACAGAACCUGCACCGUGCAGAGUGGCUGCGAGUGUUUGACGUCCCGAAACGGUGGUUUUGGCACUUUUAUGCCAUCUCUGUUUGCUGGAAUGUUUUCCUUCUCCUGUUGUCUUUCAACUUAAUCUACCAGCUCCAGUCUUACCCACCAUGGCUGACUGGGAUGUUGGAGAUUUUAACUGGUGUACCCAGUUCUUUUGGCCAAGCUCCGCAGCUGUCCACGGUCCUGGUGCAGCUGCUGCUGUGUGUCCACUCCCUCAGGAGGCUGCUGGAGUGUCUGUUUGUCAGUGUGUUUUCUGAUGGAGCCAUGCAUCUGGUGCAGUAUUUGUUUGGCCUGGGCUAUUACAUUGUGCUGGGAUUGACUGUGCUUUGCUCGGAUCUCACGGCAAAAGGUCAUGGGACUCUCCUCUCUUGCUCGGAUUGGAUUCGUGCGGCCGGAUUUGUUCUCUUCAUCGCGGCCUCUCUCCUGCAGCAUCACUCUAUGGUCCUGCUGGCCGAGCUUCGCAAAGGAAAGUCAGGACGAGUGGAGACUCUGGCUCACCGGGUCCCAGAGGGGGGCUGGUUCGAACUGGUUUCGUGUCCACAUUACUUCGCCGAACUGCUCAUUUACGUCUCGCUGGGCUUCGCUCUCGGCGGGUUCUCUUUCACCUGGUGGCUGGUGGUCCUUUACGUGCUCUUCAACCAGGCACUGUCUGGACAGCUUUGUCAUGACCUUUACGUCAGCAAGUACGAGUCGUACCCAAAGCACAGAAGAGCAUUUAUACCGUUUGUGCUCUGAGCUCUGUGCAACUGUAAAUAGACUGCAAAUUGUGAUACGAGAUUCAAAAAAUGGACCUUAAAUUAGUGUUGUUGUAACUGUCAGAACUUGUUUUAUGGUACGCCAACAUGUCUUUGCUUGUUACAACAUUCCAUCUUGUUAUAGUUGAAGUUCAAACUUAUGUAUAAAGAUGUAUAACAACUGCCA